GGAAAUACAGAAUGGCUUUUGCGAUAAAAUAUUGGAUUCUGGAUUGUGUCAUAUUAUUAUCAACAUUGGUAAUUAUUGCUUACCUCUACAUGACGCGAAAGUUCAAGUACUGGAAGAAAAGAGGAGUCGCUGAGAUUCCACCGAUUCCGUUUGUUGGAAAUUUCGGUGAUUGUUUGAUGACCAAACGAUCGGGUGGUCAGUGGGCUCAGGAUAUGUAUGAAUGGAGCGCUGGCCUACCUUAUAUGGGUUUUUACGUUUUCGACAGACCGUUUCUUUUACUCCGUGAUCCAGAGCUUAUUAAGAACAUACUUGUUAAGGAUUUCAAUUAUUUUAGCGACAGGUUCGCUAAAGCCAGUCCUCACGAUAGAAUCGGAGAUGCUAAUUUAUUUUUUAUAAAAAAUCCCCAAUGGAAGAUAGUGAGAAAUAAUCUCACACCGAUUUACAGCUCCGGGAGAAUCAAAAAAAUGUUUGAGCUUAUGGUUGAUGUUGGAGAUGAUCUUAUGACGCUUAUGGAGUCUCAUAAUUUUCAAGGUAACGGAGGGAUAAUAGAAGUUAAAGAACUGAGCGCGAGAUUCACCACAGACAUGAUUUCUACAACUGCAUUUGGAAUCCGAGCUAACUGUUUAAAUAAACCAAAUGCAGAAUUUAGGGAGAGCGGACGGAGAAUAUUUCACCCGACUUUGUAUCGUAAUUUUGAAGCAAUGUCAUUAUUUUUUGCACCCCAAUUGGCGACUCCUUUGGGACUUAAAUUUGUUCCAAAAGAAAGUGCUAAAUUUUUAAGAAAUUCCCUGUGGGAAGUUAUCAACGAGCGAGAACGAUCUGGAAGUAAAAGAGGGGAUUUAAUUGAUGCGCUUAUAUACUUGAGAAGUAAUAAAGCUCAUUUAUUCAACGAUCAAUUUAAAGAUUUUGAUGGUGAUAAUUUACUGGCUCAAGCGAUAGUAUUUUUAAGUGCAGGUUUUGAAACUUCUUCCUCUACAAUGAGCUUCACACUCUACGAAAUGGCGCUUCAACCCGAAAUUCAAAAUAAAUUAAGAGCUGAAAUUAUUAAAGGACUCGAACAGACUGACGGAAAAAUUACUUAUGAUUUGGUAGCUAUGAAUUUUCCGUAUUUGGAUAUGGUUAUUGCUGAAACUUUGAGAAAAUAUCCUCCACUUCCUGUCCUAGAUCGUGUUACUAAUGAAAACUAUAAAAUUCCAAAUUCAAAUCUUGUUUUGGAAAAAGGUACACCUGUUAUGAUUUCUAUAUCUGGAUUGCAUAUGGAUCCUGAGUAUUUUCCCAAUCCAGAAAAAUAUGAUCCCGAAAGAUUUUCAGAAGCUAAUAAAAAAACACGAAAACCAUGUGUUUAUUUGCCCUUCGGAGAAGGACCACAUGUUUGCAUUGGUAUGCGGAUUGGCUUGCUACAAACAAAAAUUGGACUUUUAAAAUUAUUACCCAAGUAUGAAUUUUCAACUUGUAAGGAAACUUUGAUUCCUAUGCAAUUUAAUACUAAAUCUAUUGUGACUUGCGCUCAAGGAGGUGUUUUUCUUAAUGUUAAAAAAUUAAAUUUA